CAGCUUCCCCGCAGGCAGCACAGGCGCUGUGCGCACAGCAUGGCCCUCGCACUCGCAGCCCUGCUGUACAUUGGCCUGAGUGUAGACUCUGCAGCCCAAGGUCAGAGGGGAAGCCUCCCUAGACCGGUCCUCCGUGCUGAGUCGGGCUCUGUGGUGGUCCGGGGAAGCACUGUGACCUUGUGGUGUGAGGGGGCCUGGAAGGCCCAGAAGUUCCGUCUAUACAAAGAAGGAGACAAAGAUAGGUGGUCCUCAAAAAUCCCAGACACACCGGGGAAGAGGAUCGCCUUCUUCAUCCGGUCCAUGACAAAGGACAACGCUGGGCGCUACUUCUGUUUCUACCAGAGCCCUGCUGGCUGGUCAGUCCACAGCGAGCCCCUGGAGCUGGUGGUGACAGAAAAUUCUUCAAACAGUUUUACUUUACCCUCAGAACCAGACUCCAGACCUAACUGUCCCCCUGGGGAUCACACAGCCCAGAACCUCCUUCGCCUUGGUCUGGCACUCCUGGUGCUGGUGGCCCUGGUGUGGCUGCUGACUGAGGACUGGCUGAGCAGGAAGAAGCGCAGGCUGGAGCUGCAGGCUGGGGACGUGGGAGAUGGCAGACGGCUGGGGGGCAAGACCUUCCUGAUGGGAGCGGUGGUUUUCUCUGUCACCGACGCCAUGUGCCUGGGCCUCGUGGGCUGGGCCAGCGGCUCCGUGCUUCUCGUGCUGCACAGACACAGGCGGCAAGUGGGCACCCCGAGCCCCUGGCUGGCCAGCUCGUCCUACCUGGCAUCCUCCGGCUUCUCCACCCUCAGCCCCUUGGUGUUUGUGUGCAGCGAUGCCCGUGUCUCCCGGCUCCGCUGUGCCUGCGGCUGGGGCGCGCAGCACAGGCGCUGUGCGCACAGCAUGGCCCUCGCACUCGCAGCCCUGCUGUACAUUGGAAGCCUCCCUAGACCGGUCCUCCGCGCUGAGCCGGGCUCUGUGGUUGUCCGGGGAAGCACUGUGACCUUGUGGUGUGAGGGGGCCUGGAAGGCCCAGGAGUUCCGUCUAUACAAAGAAGGACACAAAGAUAGGUGGUCCUCAAAAAUCCCAGGCACACCCGGGAACAGGACCGCCUUCUUCAUCUGGUCCAUGACAAAGGACAACGCUGGGCGCUACUUCUGUUUCUACCAGAGCCCUGCUGGCUGGUCAGACCACAGCGAGCCCCUGGAGCUGGUGGUGACAGACUGUCCCCCUGGGGAUCACACAGCCCAGAACCUCCUUCGCCUUGGUCUGGCACUCCUGGUGCUGGUGGCCCUGGUGUGGCUGCUGACUGAGGACUGGCUGAGCAGGAAGAAGCGCAGGCUGGAGCUGCAGGCUGGGGACGUGGGAGAUGGCAGACGGCUGGGGGGCAAGACCUUCCUGAUGGGAGCGGUGGUUUUCUCUGUCACCGACGCCAUGUGCCUGGGCCUCGUGGGCUGGGCCAGCGGCUCCGUGCUUCUCGUGCUGCACAGACACAGGCGGCAAGUGGGCACCCCGAGCCCCUGGCUGGCCAGCUCGUCCUACCUGGCAUCCUCCGGCUUCUCCACCCUCAGCCCCUUGGUGUUUGUGUGCAGCGAUGCCCGUGUCUCCCGGCUCCGCUGUGCCUGCGGCUGGGGAGGCAAAAGCCACAUCCUGAGCCUUUGUGGCCUGGCACGGCUUCCCCGCAGGCAGCACAGGCGCUGUGCGCACAGCAUGGCCCUCGCACUCGCAGCCCUGCUGUACAUUGGCCUGAGUAUAGACUCUGCAGCCCAAGGUCAGGGGGGAAGCCUCCCUAGACCGGUCCUCCGCGCUGAGCCGGGCUCUGUGGUUGUCCGGGGAAGCACUGUGACCUUGUGGUGUGAGGGGGCCUGGAAGGCCCAGGAGUUCCGUCUAUACAAAGAAGGACACAAAGAUAGGUGGUCCUCAAAAAUCCCAGGCACACCCGGGAACAGGACCGCCUUCUUCAUCUGGUCCAUGACAAAGGACAACGCUGGGCGCUACUUCUGUUUCUACCAGAGCCCUGCUGGCUGGUCAGACCACAGCGAGCCCCUGGAGCUGGUGGUGACAGAAAAUUCUUCAAACAGUUUUACUUUACCCUCAGAACCAGACUCCAGACCUAACUGUCCCCCUGGGGAUCACACAGCCCAGAACCUCCUUCGCCUUGGUCUGGCACUCCUGGUGCUGGUGGCCCUGGUGUGGCUGCUGACUGAGGACUGGCUGAGCAGGAAGAAGCGCAGGCUGGAGCUGCAGGCUGGGGACGUGGGAGAUGGCAGACGGCUGGGGGGCAAGACCUUCCUGAUGGGAGCGGUGGUUUUCUCUGUCACCGACGCCAUGUGCCUGGGCCUCGUGGGCUGGGCCAGCGGCUCCGUGCUUCUCGUGCUGCACAGACACAGGCGGCAAGUGGGCACCCCGAGCCCCUGGCUGGCCAGCUCGUCCUACCUGGCAUCCUCCGGCUUCUCCACCCUCAGCCCCUUGGUGUUUGUGUGCAGCGAUGCCCGUGUCUCCCGGCUCCGCUGUGCCUGCGGCUGGGGCGCGCAGCACAGGCGCUGUGCGCACAGCAUGGCCCUCGCACUCGCAGCCCUGCUGUACAUUGGAAGCCUCCCUAGACCGGUCCUCCGCGCUGAGCCGGGCUCUGUGGUUGUCCGGGGAAGCACUGUGACCUUGUGGUGUGAGGGGGCCUGGAAGGCCCAGGAGUUCCGUCUAUACAAAGAAGGACACAAAGAUAGGUGGUCCUCAAAAAUCCCAGGCACACCCGGGAACAGGACCGCCUUCUUCAUCUGGUCCAUGACAAAGGACAACGCUGGGCGCUACUUCUGUUUCUACCAGAGCCCUGCUGGCUGGUCAGACCACAGCGAGCCCCUGGAGCUGGUGGUGACAGACUGUCCCCCUGCGGAUCACACAGCCCAGAACCUCCUUCGCCUUGGUCUGGCACUCCUGGUGCUGGUGGCCCUGGUGUGGCUGCUGGCUGAGGACUGGCUGAGCAGGAAGAAGUGCAGGCUGGAGCUGCAGGCUGGGGACACAGCCCACGACCUCCUGGUGCCCGACUUUCAUCUGCACCUGAGACACCUGCCUUGGUCCAGCCGCUGGCACUGUGGCCUGGACGGCCGCUGCCCCGUUCAGUCCCGUGACCCCGGCACAGGUGGCACUGGCAGGCAUCGGAGUGAUGACCCUCACUCUCCUACAUGGCCUUCACCACCUGGUGACCCUCUAGAGAUCAUGGCUUCAGAUUCCCCCACACCCCCAUAUCCUGUGCGUCUUGAGCAGACUGAGCCCAGCGUUUGCCAGGCCCCACACUGGCCUGGGAGCCCCUGGGACAUGCCGUCCACGCUCCCUGCUCUGCUCUGGGCCGGGCUGUGCCUGAGCCAGAUCGGCGUGCAUACACAGACUCUCUCGAAACCCACCAUCCGGGCCAUACCCAGCCACCUGGUUCCGGUGGGGAGCCGGGUGGAGAUCUGGUGCCAGGGAGUACGGGGGGCCGUGGAGUACCAGCUGCACUUUGAAGGUGGCCUUCAUGCAGUGGAGAGACCCAAGUCACCGGGGUCGGAGAGCAACGCCAGGUUCCUCAUCUCAGUCGUGAGUCAGGGCAGCGCCGGGCAGUACAGAUGCCUCUAUUGGAGUGGAGAGCUGUGGUCCGAGUACAGUGACCUGCUGGACCUGGUGGUGACAGGACUGUACGACACGCCCACCCUCUCCGUCCACCCGGGACCCGAGGUGGCCAUGGGGGAGCCUGUGACCUUCCGCUGCCAGCUAGACAUGGCCACGAACACGUUCUUUCUGAUGAAGGAGGGGUGGUCCGGCCCUGAGCAGCUCCGCUUCGGGAAUCUCCAGGCCGAGUUUCCCAUGGGCCCUGCGACCCGAUCCCACCGGGGGACCUAUCGAUGCUUUGGCUCAUACAACAACCACUUAUGGUCUUUCCCCAGCAACCCUGUGAGGCUGGAGGUCACAGGGGAUGUUGGAAACACCAGCUUUGCCCCCACAAACCCAUCCACCUCCUCUCCUGGUCCCUGGCAGGCCUUCAACUCCAUCCCAGAGUGGGGACUGCAGCAGGACUUCACCCCUGGGGAUCACACAGCUCAGAACCUCCUUCGCCUUGGCCUGGCACUCCUGGUGCUAGUGGCCCUGGCGUGGCUGCUGGCUGGGGACCGGAUAAGCAGGAAGAAGGCGCAGGCCGGAGCUGCAGGCUGGGGACGCAGCAGACGGCAGACAGCACGGAGGCCCUGGAUGGACGGCAGGAGCCGCGGUGCCCAACCGGGAGGAGAAGCCGGGACCCUGAGCUGCCUGAGCUGGGAUGGGCAGACUGAGGGGGGCACUGCAGGAGACGGGGGGCCAUCGCCCGAAGUGGGGUUGGAAGGGGUUCCAUGUCCUUGUCCAUAAAUCCUCACUGUCUCUGCAA